AUGUGUAAAUUUGGAGAACUAUUGGCAAGAGGCCUGCUUCAAACCAUAUUGGGGUUUUCCGAAGGCAACAAACCAAGUUCUCCCCCUGUCGAUGCAACCCUGGUGGUGGCAACAUAUAGACUUCUUCCUCCAAAUCACUAUGGAGGACAACAUUCUGCACAUCUAAUUGGUGGAGAGGCCACUCACGAUGAGCAGCAAUGGCCAGUAAGCAACGCACAGUAA